GGCUAGCUUUUAUCCCUCCCUCUCCUCUCUUUUCUCUUUUCCCUCCUCUGUCUUCAAGUCUCUCAUUUAAGAGGAGACAAGAACCCCACAUUUGACCAAUUCAAAUAUACUACCAAACUACUACUACUUCUACAACCAUGGCAUCCGCAAGCAGCUCUGCACAGGCCGCCUUCGGACUGGGCCGGAGGAAGAAGAACCCCAGCCUCCUGGAUCAGAUUGGAACAUUCUUUGGAGGGGACAAAAAGAGGAAGAGCAAGGGAUCUUUCCGUGGUGCUCUGUCUCCAGGCCCUCAGAAAGCCUCUGCGACUUCCCCACGCAAGCGCGGAGCAGAGAACGCUGUGGUCCAUUUCUUCCGCACGAUCGUGUCCCCUGCCCCUCCCAAGUCUAGGAAGUCACAGUCUAAAGCCAAGAAGGCCGGCGCAGGGGAAGGCACCCUGACUAGGAUCUUCAAAAUGGGAAGCAGGAGUGCUUCUCCAGCCAAACGCUGAAGUCCCUCUCUACAACCCCUUCCAACAGCACGAGGGCAGAUGUUCAAGAACACGGGACUAAAGUGGGGAAAAGGAGGAAGAAAAAGAGGAAAUCUUGUCACCCCUUAAACUCACCUUCCCUUCCACCUCUGAUUAACACUCUAAUGAUCGCUAAACCCCUCAUCUCCCCUAUUACCCACCUAUACCCCUUUGGCUGGUAGAUAGCGACACAAUCUGUUGCCCCCCCCCUCCCUUGCAUGCAUUGUGCUGAGUCUGUGCAGUCAUCAUCAUCGGUGUGAACUCUUUGCUGAAAUUGAUCCUGAAGCCGCUCACAUGUGCAGCCUGAAUGACCCCCGGCCCCUGCCAUGGCUCUCGAUACUUGUGCUUGAUUUUCUGUGGAUACGUCUUUGAUGGUUUUCUCUAACAAAAAGGUGGUGAAACCGAAGCAGACCCGAAACAGUUGAAGGUUCAGGCCGGUGCAAGUCCGAUUGACUUGACCGUCAUUGCCAUUUGCCGAUUGGUUGAGAAGACCGGGUCGAUUCGGUUUCAGUAGAGAGCAAUUUUUUUGUCUUUUGUCAAAUUGUCUACGUCAUUUCCUCUGUCUGUACACCUAAACAUGAACCUGUGUUUUAAGUAUUGUUUCGUGAUAUAAAAUUAACCGAUUUGACAUUAUUAUGAGAGCCAUUUUGGUCACGAUGUGUUUUCAUUCUACCCUUGUGUCGUAGCUGUAGUUAAGUGUCCUGUCAUAAAUGUGAUGUUGAUCUAUGUUUGUCAUUAGGGCCUUAGGCUGGCUGUGGAUUUUGUGGUAAACACUGAAUUUCUUAACCUUCUAAAUCAAUUUCUGCAAUAGUCACUGAAACAAUAGAUUAAUUAGUCAUUUCUAAUGUCUUAUUUCUUUUUCAGUCCAAGAGAUAAUGGCAUACACUGAUUUCCCCUCCUCUAUGCGCAUGACUAAAUUAUGUUGUAGUGCACUUUUCUGCCUUUAAAAACAGCCAGAGUCUGAAUCUGAAGCGUGAUGGCGUGAUGCAAACACGGCUCCUCCACCACGCUGCCAGUUUCAGAUGUUCCCUCUGUGCAUUAGUGUAGGUUUCUCCUUUGUCUUCAUUGUAUUUUGCACAGCACAUAUAUUGUGUAAAAAAACAACAAAAAAACAAGUGCCUGUCCUCCUGAUUACCAAAAAAAAAGUGCUGUGCUGGAUAAUUUCAAAACACAAUUUCAAAAAGGUGCUCUGUGACUAACUCUGUAAUGACACAUUAAAAGGUGUUUUAUGAGAACGUGCGAUCUGCAAGUUUUCAGAAAAAAACAGUCGGUCGAAGAAAAGAACAUCCAUCUUCCAAAUGUGUUAUAAAAGCAGGCAUGUGUGUGAUCUGUAGCGUUCAUCUCUCUCUCUGUUUGUGUGCUUGAGCCUCUUGAGUACUGUGUUUUUUUUCUGAAUGGAUCCUGUGAAUGAAUGUAAAGACCCUCCUCAUUAUUGUAUGUGUAAUAAACAUGACCAGCCACUUAACUGAAAAUAAAAAAUAAAAAUUAUAAAACCAACUCUACUCUUA